UAGAUUUGAAUUCAUCCUAUCAGCUUCUGCUUUCCAAUAUAAAAGCACCAACAUUUUUUAAAAUGUUCAGUUUCAUUCAAAGAUUUCAUAAUUACACAAGUGACAAUUUGAAGCCUAUUUGAAGAAUGGCUAAGCUAAUGAUAAUCCUCGCUGUUUGCGUCGCCGUGACAAUGGCGUAUCCAGGUCAUGGUGGCGGUCGAGGUGGUCACGGUCAAGGUGGUUACGGUCAAGGCGGUUACGGUCAAGGUGGUUUUAAUGGCGGUCAAGGUGGUCUAGGAGGCGGUCAAGGAGGUUACGGUCAAGGUGGUUUUAAUGGCGGCCAAGGUGGUCUAGGAGGCGGUCAAGGUGGUUUUGGUGGCGGCCAAGGUGGUCUAGGAGGCGGACGUGGUGGCUCAGGAGGUGGUCACGGUGGUGCUGGAGUUGGAGGAGGACAAGGCAACUAUGGUGGAAACGGCGGUUACGGUGGGCAAGGCGGCUUUGGUGGACAAGGCGGAUAUGGUGCUGGUGGUCAUGGUUAUUAAAAUUUUCGAUUAUAUAUAAAAAAGUUUUAACACCACAAUUAAUUGACGCGUUAAAAGUAUUAAAAUAGAAAAAAAAUAAAAACUGAUAAAAA